AUGGUGGCGGGGAGAACUUCUAGGGCAGACGUUCCGAAGCUACCCCAACGGAGAGACACGCCGAGACGCCCCUGCUAUCGGGAGCCCUUCGGUCUCAGUAAGCUCGGUUACGAAUUCGAGUAAAAGGUGGAGGGCCCGGGGACGCAAGAAGUUACGGAGUCGGUAAACGGCUCGAGGGCCGAGGUCGGACCGGACAUCACGUCGAAACUGAGCAAUCUGUUCGCCGGUAUCCCGAGUUUGGCGGGUCCCCAACGCCUUGCUAACUCCCUCAGGCAGAAAUUUGCCAAUAACUCUGAGGGAUGGCGGGAUUCGGUGUUGGGGGCCUCACGUCGUUUAUUGGUGACUCUCGGCAGUCUCUCCAGGGACAGUUCGCCAUCUCCUGCCAGGAAGGAAGCUACUCUACCAACUCUUCCGGUUCCGGAUUUGGAGUCAACCUUACAGAAGUACUUGGCCCAGGUCGAGGCAGUCGCUCCUCAUCAUCUGCCGAAGACCAGGAGCCUGGUGAAAGCUUUCCUUUCUGGACCUGGACCGAAGCUUCAGCAACGACUUGUAGAACGUCGACAGAAAAUGACAAACUGGGCAACCGAAUGGUGGUUAAAUGACAUGUAUCUCUCAGUUCCUCUGGCUCUACCAAUCAAUAGCAACCCCGGUCUUGCAGCAAGACCUAAAACAUUUAGUAACCAAAAAGAAGCUACCGUAUUCCUUGCGAGAUUUCUAACAGAGCUGCUUAAUUACCAAGAAGUAUUAGACAGUUCCGGACUGAAAAUUGACGAAGCGAAAUCCAAAGAUGGGAAGGUUAUGCAACCCUUAUGCAUGGCCCAGCAAUAUCAAAUGUUCCGAAUGUAUCGACGACCAGGGAUGAACUGUGACGAGCAAGUUAUUCUCGACAGAACUAUGUCAGGAAAUCAUAUCAUUAUUGCUCAUCACAAUCAGUUUUAUAGCGUACCUGUUAGGGCACCGGACCGAGGUCGUAUAACUGAAAACGAAUUGGCCCAACAAAUCUUAAAGAUUAUGGAAACCAAAGCUGAUCCUAGAACACCACCAGUUGGUAUCCUUACAACAAUGAAGAGACCAGCUUGGGCAAAAGCCAGAGAAGAAUUGCUUAAAAACGAGCAAAAUCGACACAAUGUAGAGCUACUGGAAAAAUGCCUCUGCGUGGUUUGCAUCGACGACGACGUACUGCCAACAACGUUCAACAAUCCCCUGAAGAGAGAAGAUCGAUGGAUCAGCGACCGAGAUUAUGCGAAUGUACUUCAUCACGUUCUCCACGGCGGAGGUUCCAGACAUUUGGGUGCAAAUCGCUGGUUCGAUAAAACUUUCCACGCUAUUCUCGGCAAGGACGGAAUGUGGGGCAUGAACUACGAACAUUCAGCCGGCGAAGGUCCAGCGAUUUUUAUUACGUUCGAAGAGCUAACGGAAAAGGUAGAUGCUAUGUCACCACCGGAAGAAAACAUGAUAAUAUCUCAUUUACCAGCACCGGAAAAACUCGAAUGGCAUCUAUCUGAGCAGAAUCUGAACGACAUUAGAGAUGCUACGGCAACUUUUGACGCGUUGGUGGAGGACUUAGAUCUUUGCAUAUUGUGGUUCCAAGAAUAUUCGAAGGAAUUUAUAAAGUCUUGUAAAAUUAGUCCGGAUGUUUUCAUACAACUGGCACUGCAACUUACACACUUUAGAUUACACGGAAAUUUAGUAGCAACUUACGAGAGCGCAGGCAUCCGAAGAUUUGCACUGGGAAGGGUCGAUUGUAUCCGAGCAGCCAGUCCGGAAGCUCUAAGUUGGGCGAAAGCCAUGUGCCAAGGCGAUCCUGAAAAUCAGAACGCAAAUCAGCAAAACGGCAGCCCAGACGAAGGCGCCAAAAGAGUUCAGUUCACCAUUUACAGUCAAGAGAGAAUCAAGGAGUUGUUUGAUCUAGCGGUACAAAGGCAGACCAAGGAGAUGACCGACAACAUAAAUGGUUAUGGAAUUGACAACCAUUUAAUGGGGCUUCGUUAUGCUGCACAAGAAGCUGGAGAACCGAUCCCGGAUAUAUUCACGGAUCAGUCUUACAAGAUCGUCAAUCAUUUUGCCCUCUCGACAUCGCAGGUUACUUCGAAAAACGAUGCGAUCAUUGGCUACGGGCCAGUAGUGCCAGAUGGUUACGGAUGCGCUUACAACUUCAGAAAUAACGGCUUCAUAUUUUCGGUAUCUGCUUUUCAUAGUGACGGUAGAACGAACACAACUCGCUUUGCUCAAACACUCGAGCAAAGCUUGCGGGACAUGGCGGAUAUGCUGAAGAAGGCGACUCACCGAUAA